CGCGCCAUGCUCCGUGGCGAGUUGCCUAGCUACCACCACCAACAGUACUACUUCCUCCGGAGCGCGGUGCUCGAUCUCGAUCGCGAAAUGGACCCGUACAAGUACCUCAACAUCCGGUUCAACCCCGACGGCUCGCUCACCCGCAACGGCGCGGCCAGGCUCCUCCCGCCGGCGCCGGCGGGGGAGCCCGUCGACGGGGUCAACGGGCCGGCGCGCCGCAUUGUGCACUCCAACGACGCGCCACUCAACGACGCCAACGGCACCACCGUCCGCCUCUUCGUGCCGUCCGGCCCAUGCGUCGGGGCCGACGGCGGAGGCAGGCUGCCGCUGGUGCUGUACUUCCACGGCGGCGGGUACGUCCUCUUCCGCGCGGCGUCCGAGCCGUUCCACAACACCUGCACGGCCCUCGCGGCCACCAUCCCCGCGGUCGUUGCCUCCGUCGACUACCGCCUCGCGCCCGAGCACCGCCUCCCCGCCGCGUUCGAGGACGCCGCCGACGCGGUCCGGUGGGUGCGCUCGUACGCCGCGGGCUGCAGGCCCCUGUUCCUGAUGGGCAGCCACGCCGGCGCGAGCAUCGCGUUCCGCGCGGCGCUGGCGGCGGUGGACGAGGGCGUGGAGCUGCGUGGGCUGAUCCUCAACCAGCCGCACCACGGCGGCGUGAAGCGUACGGCCGCGGAGGAGUCGUCGGUGGACGACCGCGUGCUGCCGCUCCCGGCGAACGACCUGCUCUGGGAGCUCGCGCUGCCGCUGGGCGCCGACCGCGACCACGAGUACUGCAACCCGGAGACCAUGCUCGCCGGCGUGGACGCCGCGCGGCUGCGGAGGCUGCCGCCCUGCCUGGUGCUCGGCCGGAUGAAGGACCCGCCGCGUGACCGGCAGAGGACGCUGGUGGAGGCACUCCAGAAAGCCGGUGUCACCGUGGAAGCAAAGCUCGACGGCGCCGGGUACCACGCGAUGGAGCUGUUCAAGGAGGACCGCGCCGCGGAGUUCAUCGCGCAGGUCACCGACUUCGUCCGCCGCCACACCGGCGCCGGCAGCGACGUACACGCCGGAAGGAGCAGGCUGUGAUCGAUCGAGAGGAGGAGACCAUGCUAUUGACUGCAACUACCACCACUAUGAUAUUGGUACUACUGUACUGGACUACUGGUGGUGGUUGGUUGCUGCCAUGGCAUUAUCUACCGAGAGUAUCGACAAUUCUCGAAGUAUACAUACUCUCUCCGUUUCACGAUAUAAGACUUUUUAGUAUUGUCCAUAUACAUAUAUAUGUGUUAGAUUUAUUAGCAUAUAAAUAAAUAUUAACAAUACUAUAAAAUUUUAUACUGUAAAAUGGAGGAAGUAACACAUUGGCAAUCAUAUCAGCAUCAGCAUUAGAUUGGGAGAGUGACGAGCGAUGGACUCUCCAUAGCCAAGUACACUCCCUAUAGUGACGAAACGACCUCACGACCUCUUAUCUUUGCUUUCUGGAUGGGCGGUUGUCACGUUGGCUUUUCUUCUUUUUUUUCUCCACUGAGUUUUUUCCCUUUUUACUUGGUAGUACCUUUUUACUUACCGGCAAAUCGGGUUGUUUGGCAUGUGUUCACUGUCAAAAGUUCCGGGCGAAUAAGCUUCGGAUCUAAUCUUUACCGCUUCUGACCCCACAAGGCGGAUGUAUAAUAUUGUAACAUGGUAGAAAUUAUUCUAUACUUUGUCAUUUGAGAUUU